AUGAAAUUUUAUAUUUUCAUCAUACUAUAUUUCUUUACUGUAUACGCGGAUGACUGUUUAACUGAUAAGCAAAAACUGGUCCAAUGUCUCAAAACCUACAACGACAUCCGUCAAAAUGGCGCCACUGCUCUUGAGCGUAAAAAGGAUGGCCCAGCAUACAAAGGUUGUCUGGAGUUCCCCAAAUGUGUGGAUGUACUGAAGUGUAAAGCUGAUAACGAUGUUAUUAUUGGAAUUGAUAAGAUGGAUGCGUUCUGUGAUGUUGUCACCUAUCGAGAGACUAAAGAAUUCGCCGAAUGUGAUGCUAAAUUGGAUCCCAAAAAAUCCGUGUGCGUUCAAGAAUGGAAACCGUUCCCAGACAAAGUCGACGAUCCAGUGAAAAUGGCUCAAAUUCAAGAAGAAGCGUGUAAGAAUUAUUUUGGGAAGGACAACUGUUUGGAAAAGGAAAUCACCGGUCUUUGUGGAGCUGAAAUAUGGGCCAACUUCAAAAGGUAUUUUCUGCACAUGAAGAAGUUGGAUCCGGGGUGUAAGAACUUAUAA